AUGUUACCCAAGCUGGGUAAUCGAACAGGACGAUUACGAUUCGCCAACGAUGAUUCGCUGGUAUUGUUGCACAACUAUGGACCAUAUGUCCUACUUGGUGGAAGAAAUGCCGUUUUCAAUGUGAGUAUCACACCACUAUCUUUGAUCUUCAAAUACGAAUGGCCUACAUCGGAAAACGACAUGACGGAAUGCACGAAAAAGACCACCUCAUUGAAAUGCCGUUUUCAAUGUGAGUAUCACACCACUAUCUUUGAUCUUCAAAUACGAAUGGCCUACAUCGGAAAACGACAUGACGGAAUGCACGAAAAAGACCACAUCAUUGGUGCUUGUCUCAGUAGGCAGCUUCGACAGCCUCCAUCGAAGAACUUGGGAAAUCUUCGAAUCUUUCAGCAUCUGUGCGACAAUUACGUUAGAACAUUCUACAGUACCCAUGCCGGAUUUGUCGUCUGUGGUACACAUGGUCUCAAUCCCACCUGCGCCAAUUUUGCUGAACGUGACAGACGGGCUCGACAAACGUUCGCCGGUGACGGCCUCGCUCCACAUGCUCCCGACGUCGUCGCCCCGUUUCUGUUCUCCGGUCGUUACCUAUACACAGCCAACGGUUAG